AUGUCAUUCCUCUUCAAGCUCCCCGACCUCUUUGGAGAUGUGCUUGUUCUAUCCUCUAAGAGCAUUGUACCUGUUUGUUGGUCUUAUGUCAUUUUUAGAUUGGUACUUUUGGGCUAUCCAUUGGAUAUUCUACCUUUUCUGGCACAAGCUCUUCGGAUUCCCUUGGCUGUACCGUUGGCUCUUCGCAUUAUCAACGCCUUUGAAACAUACCCCCGGCGCCCUUUGGCCACCGAUCCUUGGUUCAUAGCCGGCAGCAUUGAAGUCAUUUUUUCCCUCUAUCAGUGUUACUUGUAUAAGCGCAUUCAAGCCUAUGUCCCGGGUGAACGUCACUCUCGAGAAUUUCUGCGGGAGCUCAUCAAGAGGAUCAAUGGAGUCGGGCUACGAGGCGGCCUACCGACAAUAGCCCCUGAGGCUACACCGACUGUGAAAUACCGAAAAUUCACCAAAGAGACCUCACUCCUUAAUCCGCAUUAUGCCGAAGAGCCCCAAGAGCCCGGAAAAUUAGUCCCACCCAGUGUUCAUUUCCCAGAGACGCCGCUCAGCUCCCAUGACCCUGAAGCAAUUUCAUUCAGGGAAUAUCAAUCUCUAUGGUUCGAAGGCGCUCACUGGAGCGAAAUCUACCACGAUAACUAUCUAGAAUGGCUGGCUGGCGCGACCUGCAAUAUGUCUCUUCAAGAAGUUGCGGACGAUGACAGAAAAUCUGCGGCGAUGGGAGUGGAACCGAAUGAAUUACGGAUGCCAUUCCUGAAGGAGCUUGUGAGUUACUUUGAACACCGGGCCGGUCGUCAAUUCCCUCCAGGAUAUAAUGUCAAGUUGAAAAACAAAGUGAUCAAGUCAUCUAUCGAUCCUAUCAAAACGAAGAUCCGCCCUUUGCUGUUUUAUAUGUUAGCUUACGCUACCGGAGAAGCAACUCGAAGUAUGACUUAUCUCAACGGAUUCAGGCAUGAAAGAUGUGUCGGCCAAAAGUUUAGGUAUUUGAUUCGAAUCCCUGAGGGUUGGGCCAGUCAGCCCGUUGAACGUCGGGAAAAGCCAGUGAUCUUUGUGCAUGGUGUAGGGUUUGGUUUGAUUCAAUACAUCAGCCUGGUAGCAUAUCUAACCUAUUCAAGUUAUGGUCGCGAACGUCCAGUGGUAAUCUUACUCCAGCCUUCAAUCUCAAUGGAAAUAUUUGAUAAAUCGUUCCUGGACCCCCCUUGUCAAGCUGAAGUUGCUCGAGAUGUGGAGGAGAUUAUGGAAAAGUGGAAGUUCAAGGAGACUGGCAUCGAUUUACUUUCGCAUUCGAACGGAACGGUCAUUGCGGGUUGGGUUAUCAAGGCUUUCCCACAGCUUGUGAACAAGUGUUGUUUCAUUGAUCCAAUAUGCUUUGUCGACGACGGGCUCUCUGAUGCUUUGAAUCUAACAUCUCUUCCUCAACCGGAUGCCUUUCGACAGGGAGCCUUACAUUUGCUACAACGAUUUUUGAUACAUUUCCAAAAUAGCUUCUUGUACUCAAAGCCGAGGACUGGUAUUGAAAAUGUGAUGCGAUACAGUCUGGCCACGGAAAUCGGGAUCGCCAAAUACACACAUAGUCAUUUAGAUUGGUGCGCUGCAGUUCUAUGGCCACAUGAAACACCCGGGUUUCUUGAUCCCAAAAGGUUCUUGGUUGUCCUCUCCGGUCGUGAUCCAAUAGUAAAUGCAGAAAGAGUCAGAAAAUAUCUGUUGAGUGAAGGCAUGAAAGAUGCAUUUCCCGCAGACAACGCCAGUCAAAAGGGAGCAGUGCAGGGUGUCACGAAAGACGAAGCCGAGAAAAAUGGAUUCGGAGGGAUACUUACAGAUUGGGAGGCUGGUCAUGGUCAAACUUUUAUGCCCGACAGUCCUUAUUUUCCGAUCAUAAAGAAUUGGCUGGAAGGAAAAGGUUGUAAAUCUUGA